AUGGAUUAUGCCUUCCUCAUGAACUUUGCUACCAACCACUCUGACUAUUUUCUGAUGAUCGAAGAUGAUGUGAAAUGUGCUUCGGGAUUUGUCACCCAGAUAGCUACUAUAGUGUCUGCCUGGGAAAACAAACCUUGGAUGACUCUGAACUUCUCUCAGCUGGGCUUCACUGGAAAACUCUUUCGUACUAGAGAUCUUCCCUGCUUAGUUCAUUUCCUUCUCCUCUUCUACCAAGAAAUGCCCUAUGACUACCUCCUCACUCAUUUUCAUGAACUUCUCAUGCAACCAGCACCAAUCCAAUUCUUCCCUUCCCUUUUCCAGCACAUGGGUAAUUACUCCUUCUUUGACAGCAAAUUCAAAGUCAAAGAUAAAGAGACUGAGGAAAACGACCCUGGUUCUCCCAGCAACCCUGCUGCUUCCAUCUACACUAGCCUGAAGGUUGCCAAUGGCUCUGUUCUCAUGAAUGCCUACAGCUUGGAUAAGAAUUUCUUUUAUACCAAAUCAGCUGAGGCUGGCAGUCAUCUGACUGUGGUUUUGGAUGUACCUGCCAAAGUGUUCCGAGUUCAAGUGCUGACUGGCUCUCACCUAAAAAACAAGAAUCAGCUGGAAGAGGGACAAGUAGAACUGGGCUAUGAUGCUACUAAUAGGGUCAAUGACUGUGAUGACUAUAUUCUGCUGGGGCUACUGGAAAAUGGCACGCUGAAUAAGCAGGUAUUAUCUAAUGAGUCUGGGAAGAAGGGUGCCUGGGCCAAGAAGGCCAAUCGGGACCAGGCCCCAGGCCAGGGCUUCUCUAGGCAAGAUGGUAAUGGGCCCAGCCAGAAAUGGAGGAAGCCAGGAGAUGACAAAAUGGUGCCAAAGAAAGGACUGACAAGAGCUGCUCCAGGCUCCAGCACCAUGCAUCAUUGCCUAUGGAAAUAUAUCAUAGUUGCUGUGUCCUUAAUCUUCCUGAACUUCUUCCUCCAAAAGAAUAAUGAAGAGCAUCUUACAUAUAACUUAUCAUUGGAGGAAAAGAAGAAAAUACUGUGGCAGUUCAAUCAGAAGCAAAUCAGCUCUGAACGUAAGAACCAUAUGGCGACCUUCAAGGACAUGCAGAAACCCUCCGCUUUACUCCAACGGGCCAACUACAAAUUCCUGGCUGGAUCCCUUCCCCAGGAAAAGAAGCUGCUGACGGUGGGGAUUUCCUCAGAGCAGCACCCUCAUGGGAACUACCUCUUGGACACCUUGCAGUCCCUUUUCCAAGCUUCUUCAGAACCUGAGCUGAAUUGUAUCAUAGUGUUGGUCCACCUGUCAGAUCCUGAUCCCGAAUGGCUCAGCCAAACAGUUGCCAAUAUUUCAAGCCUCUUCAAACCACACAUUGAGGCCCAGAAGCUGCUCGUGAUCCAUGGUGGUCUCAGUGACUCUCCUCUCCUAGGAGAUCUGAAUAACAUUAGUCACACCUCACCCUGUGAAGCACAUUAUUCCAGGCAGAAAGUCAGUUAUGCCCUCCUCAUGAACUUUGCUCUCAACCUUUCUGAAUACUUUCUGAUGAUAGAAGAUUAUGUUCACUGCACCCCCAAAUUUAUUUCUACCAUCUAUUGGGUAUUAUCAGCCUGGAAAGAACUACCUUGGGUGAUCCUAGAGUUCUCCAGCCUGAGCCUCUCUGGGAAAGUUUUCCACAACAGUGACCUCUCCCGCCUGACCUCUUUCUUUCUCCUUUUCCAUGAGAACAUUCCCAUUCAUUUGUUUCUCUCUGAAUUCCGUCUACUCUUGGCCCAAAAUGUUCCAAUUCGUUUCAGUCCCUCGGUCUUCUACCACAUGGGCAAUUAUUCUCUGUUUGAGGACACCUGCUUUCUUGUGGAGAAGGAAGAGGUCUUUGACGAACCAGACAACCCUGUUGCCAACGUCCUCACUGACAUGAUGGCAGAACUGAAUAUUAUUCCACAGUACGCUUAUAUUCUGAACAAGGAGUGCUACUCUGUCCUCAAUCCUAUAGAAGGCAACUACCUGACAGUGAUUUUGGAGAAGCCACAAAAAGUCAUCCGGAUAGAGGUGCUGACAGGUUCUGACAAACAAGGGCUGUACUGGCUACAGCAGGGACAAGUGGAACUUGGCUAUGAUCCCUUGGAGGAUUCCAGAGGCUGCACCCGCUAUACCCUACUAGGUCCACUGGUGGAAGGACAUUUGGACCAGAGGGUAUUUUAUGAAGAAGAUUCUGUGGAGGAGUUGAGUUGUAUACGAUUGAUCGUGCUAGCAUCUCAAAAGUCUUGGCUCCUGAUCAGGCAGAUCAGAGUCUGGACUCAGAAUGAGGAAGAGGAGAGUUAG